GGGUGCCAAACCAGUGGCUGUAAAAAUUCUUAAGAAUGAGAGUAAUGAUCCAGCCAUAAAGGAUGAAUUACUGAGGGAAGCAAAUGUAAUGCAGCAACUGGAUAACCCAUAUAUAGUCCGAAUGAUAGGCAUAUGUGAAGCUGAAGCCUGGAUGUUGGUAAUGGAAAUGGCUGAGCUUGGGCCAUUGAACAAAUUUUUGCAAAAAAAUAGACAUGUCACAGAGAAGAAUAUAACAGAGCUGGUACAUCAAGUUUCCAUGGGGAUGAAAUACCUGGAGGAGAAUAACUUUGUUCAUAGGGAUCUGGCUGCAAGGAAUGUGCUAUUAGUCACCCAACAUUAUGCCAAAAUUAGUGACUUCGGACUUUCUAAAGCUCUUAGUGCUGAUGAAAGUUAUUAUAAGGCACAAAGUCAUGGAAAAUGGCCAGUCAAGUGGUAUGCUCCAGAAUGCAUGAAUUUCUACAAGUUUUCUAGCAAAAGUGAUGUCUGGAGCUUUGGGGUGUUAAUGUGGGAAGCUUUCUCUUACGGUCAAAAACCAUAUAAGGGAAUGAAAGGUGGCGAAGUUGCACAAAUGAUUGAAAGAGGAGAACGAAUGGAACGUCCUGAAGUCUGUCCAACAGAAGUCUAUGAUCUAAUGAAAUUGUGUUGGACAUACAAUGUGGAUGACCGACCAGGAUUUGUUGCGGUUGAGCUGAGAUUGCGUAACUACUAUUAUGACAUAUCCCACUAG